AUGCUGGGUAUGCCUCCCAUCCCACCCUCCGAUCCACUUUUGUACGCCUUCUUCUCUUGCACCUCAAACACUUGCGCGGCGCCAGAUUUUUGCAUGCAUCGUGGUGCGAGCUCGCCCGUCGCCCCUCUCGAAGAUCUGAAGCAUGUCAAGCCCCAGAACUGCUGCCAGCUGACGUGCCAUCCUUCUCGGGGACGGAUAGCUGAACACGUCGGUAAUCCAAUGCCGAGUGUUUUGCAAGAUCGUCAAGCGGCUGUUCGCUAUUGCAACCUCCUCGACGGCGUCUUCAGUGCCAUGUGGAUGGUGAUUGUGCCUGCUGUUAUGACUCAGACAUCAACGCUCGGCCUCACAGACAUGAACAUUGGUUUCACGAGAUACUGUAUAAACGUCAAGGCCGCGUCGUACGUCGGGUCUCAGCCGUCAUCCCACUCGUAA